AGAAGGCAAGCUUUUGGCUGUAUUACAUUGCAGUCAUGGCGCCUAAAAAGAAGAACGUGAAAAAGACCAAGGUGGAUGUCAAUGAGUUGACAAUCAUAGUGGAGGAUGGACCCCUGACCAAACUGAAUGGCUUGAAUGGCCUUCUGGAAGGAGGGAAUGGCUUCAGUUGUGUCUCAACAGAGGUUUCUGAUGCUCUCUACAGUCCAAAUCUCUUGGAAGGGCUCUGCAGAAUGAGGCUGGAAAACUUUCUCUGUGAUUUAGUCAUUGGUACCAAAACAAAGUCUUUCGAUGUUCACAAGGUGGUGAUGGCCUCAUGUAGUGAUUACUUCCAUAAUAUCUUAAAGAAAGAUCCUUCUACUCAACGAGUGGACCUCAAUGAUGUUUCUCCAUUGGGCCUGGCUACAGUCAUUGCAUACGCCUACACUGGGAAACUCACACUCUCGCUGUACACUAUAGGUAGCAUCAUCUCCACAGCUAUUUAUCUCCAAAUCCAUACCCUGGUGAAGAUGUGCAGUGAUUUUUUGAUGCAAGAAAUCAAUGUAGAGAAUUGCACGUACAUUGCCAACAUUGCUGAGACCUAUGGACUGAAGAACUCUAAGGAGGCAGCACAGAAAUUCAUUAGAGAUAACUUCAUUGAAUUUUCUGAAUCAGAUCAGUUCUUAAAACUUAGUUUUGACCGGAUCAAUGAACUCCUUGCAGAUGACGACUUGCAGUUGCCUUCUGAACUUGUUGCAUUCCAAAUUGCAAUGAGAUGGCUAGAAUUUGACCAAAAAAGAGCAAAAUAUGCUGCGGAUAUCUUGAGCAACAUUAGAUUUGGUACCAUCUCUGCCCAAGACCUGGUGAACUUUGUUCAAACUGUGCCAAGAAUGAUGGAAGAUGCUGAAUGCCAUAGACUUCUAGUGGAUGCCAUGAACUAUCACUUACUCCCCUAUCACCAGAAUACAUUACAGUCUAGGAGAACAAGGAUUCGUGGAGGAUUACGAGUCCUAGUUACAGUUGGGGGACGCCCAGCUUUAACAGAGAAAUCCCUUAGCAGAGACAUCUUAUACAGAGAUCCUGACAAUGGAUGGAAGAGACUUACUGAAAUGCCAGCUAAAAGCUUCAACCAGUGUGUCACUGUGAUGGAUGGAUUCCUCUAUGUGGCAGGUGGCGAAGACCAGAAUGAUGCCAGAAAUCAGGCUAAGCAUGCAGUCAGCAAUUUCUGCAGAUAUGACCCUCGCUUCAACACAUGGAUUCAUCUGGCAAAUAUGAAUCAAAAGCGCACCCAUUUCAGUCUGAAUGUGUUCAACAGCCUCCUUUUUGCCAUUGGUGGCCGCAACUCUGAAGGGUGUCUCUCUUCUGUUGAAUGUUAUGUCCCAGCAAUUAAUCAGUGGCAAGCGAAGGCCCCACUGGAGAUAGCUAGGUGCUGCCAUGCUAGUGCAGUAAUAGAUGGUAGGAUCCUGGUCACUGGAGGGUACAUAAAUAAUGCUUAUUCUCGCUCUGUCUGCAUGUACGACCCUGCCAACGACCGCUGGCAGGAUAAGCCCAGCCUAAGCACACCGAGAGGCUGGCAUUGUGCCAUUUCCCUCGGGGAGAAGGUCUAUGUCAUGGGUGGGUCUCAACUGGGAGGGCGAGGUGAAAGGGUCGAUGUCCUUCCUGUCGAGUGCUUCAGUCCUUAUCCUGGCCAGUGGAGUUAUGCCUCUCCUCUCCCGACUGGCGUGAGCACCGCUGGUGCCGCCAUCCUUAGCGGAAGAAUUUUCUUGGUGGGAGGCUGGAAUGAAAUAGAGAAGAAAUACAAGAAAUGCAUUCAGUGCUACAACCCUGACCUUAACGAAUGGACCGAAGAAGAUGAGUUGCCUGAAGCCACCGUAGGAGUCUCUUGCUGUACUAUUGCCAUGCCCAACACGAAGACCAGGGAGUCCCGAGCUAGCUCUGUCUCUUCAGUGCCAGUCAGUAUUUAACUACUUUAAAAUUAAGUAUAG